AAAAAAAAAAAAACAACUAGAGACAGCUCAUGGUCACAUGUCACUUUCACGGUCCCUCCUAUAAAAACGUCAGCUAAAGGAGAGGUGUGUGCACUGUGCAAAGGAGGCGGAAUCAUUUGAGUGACUGACAUCCAGACAACAACAUGCUUGCUUUCCCAGCAUGCUUCAUCCUUGUCCUUCUCUGCCAGCAUCCGGGGCCAGCAACCUCUGGAGCCCCGAAGGAGCUGGUUGGUAACCUUGGUGGGUCUGUGACUUUCCCUCUGAAGCUCCCAGGAAUUCAGAUAGACACUAUCGUCUGGACGUUCAACACAACCCCUCUCGUCACCAUAGAGCCAAAAAUGCCAGACAGACAAGCCAACAUCAUAGUGACCCACAGUCAUAACAAGGAAAGGGUGAAGUUUUUACAAGGAAACUACUCCCUGAAGCUCAGCAAACUGAGUAAGAAUGACUCUGGUGACUACCGCAUGGUGAUAUACAGCUCUUCCCUCAAAGACUCCUUCAGCCAGGAGUAUAGGCUGCGUGUCUAUGAACACCUAUCAAAGCCUAAAGUUACCAUGGGUCUGCAGAACAAUGAGAAUGGCACCUGUCUCACCAAUCUGACAUGCUUCAUGGACCAGGGAGGAGAGGAUGUGACCUACAGCUGGGAGUCCCUGGGGCAGGCAGCCAAUGAGUCCCAUAAUGGCUCCAUCCUCCCCAUAUCCUGGAGGCUGGGAGAAAGGGACACGAUCUUCAUCUGUGUGGUCAGGAACCCCAUCAGCAGCAACUCUUCAAACCCCAUCUUUGCCUGGAAGCUCUGUGAAGGUGCGGCUGCUGACUCAGAAUCGUUCAUGAUCUUGGCUUCCCUGGGGGUGCUGUUGCUGAUCAUUGCCUUUGCACUGAUGCCGUUUCUGUUGAUUAUGCAGAGAGAAAAAAGAAAAGAGUCCAUUGAAGAGAGGAAGGGAAUGGACACUCAUCAGGAAAUUCCUAACUACCACCCCCCGUCCGGAGAGACCCCAGUUUACGACACAAUCACUUGCGUUGAUAAAACUAUUCCAGAGGAAAAUCCAGAAAAAACACUUUAUUUCUCAGUGCAAAUACCUCAAAAGAUGGAGGAGCCCCACUCUACACCCAUAUCCCCAGACACACCAACGUUAUUUACCUAUGAGAUCGUCAACUAAACAGCAGUGCAUUG